AUGAGUGAUCCAUCAUACCCAAACGAGACGGAUCGUCAAAGUGGCGCUAGCGGGUUAUAUCGAUCCGCACCUGAGUCAUCACAGUAUUCAUGGUAUUCUACUCAGCAAUAUCCUCAGCAAGGAGCUUCAAAGACCCCAAGUGGUAACUAUCAUGAGUCGGCCCAAGGUGCCAGUGGGAACGGUCAGCCUAAUUCCCAAUUGUCGACCGAGCACAAGAGACUGAAAUUCUACGCCGAGUCAAUGAGUGGAACGGAUGAGGAAGAGGCUGAGGAGAUGAACAGAGUUGUUAAUAAAUUGAUUUUACCUAUUGCAUUUCAACGAUCGCCUACUCUCGAAGAUAUCAAUCAGAUCAUUCGAGAUACCUUUGGUCCCGACUGCAAUCUGUCGAGCGCAUACAGAACGAGACCAUCUAAUCCCAUCUAUUGCCAACCGCCUCCUCCAGCUUGGGGUCGACCACACCACGCUACUACCAGAUGGGACAAAGAUCAUAUCUGA